AGGCGCCGCCUCUCUUCAGUCCGCCUUCCGGGAUGGGAGGCGCGGGGCGAGGGGAUGAUGCGCUGCCGGGCCACCCGUACUGGCCCCGGGAGCUUAGCCUUCCGGGCUACCGGGAGAACCGGCUGCCCCUGGCCAGCAUCCUGGGGUUCCUGUUCGGGGUGUCGGCGGCGCUGGUGGCUGGGGUCUGGCUGCUGAGCGGCCGGGCGGGCUUGGGGUGCCCCCUCCGGCGCCUGGCCGUCUGCUGGUUCGCCGUCUGCGGCUUCAUCCACGGUGUGGUGGAGGGCUGGUUCAGCCUGUGGUUCCGGGAGAUCCCCGGGGACCAGGCCUUCCUCUCUCAGCUCUGUGAGCACCCCUGGGGCUGGGGGUGA